AUGGGCCAGUGGGCCUACACAGGCAUGCGUGCCCCUCUCUUCUGCCUGGCCCUGUUGCUGCUGCUGCUCUCCCAGCCUGCUCCCUGCUGCUGCCAGGACACCCAUGGUUCUCCCCAGGGCCCCGCCAACGGCCCUCCAUUUCUCUUCACGCAGUCCGUCUAUCAUGCCACUGUCUACGAGAACUCGGCAGCGCGAACAUACGCCAACAGUAAAGUUAAAAUGGGAAUCCACCUGGCCCAGCGCUCCUGGGAAAUUCGCUACAGGAUCACCUCCGGGGAUGAAGAAGGCUUCUUUAAAGCAGAGGAGUACGUACUGGGAGAUUUCUGCUUCUUACGCAUAAGGACUAAAGGCGGCAACGCAGCCAUCUUGAAUCGAGAAAUCCAGGACAGCUACUUACUGACAGUGAAAGCCUCCGUCAAAGGGGAGGUUCUGGAGACCUGGACCAAAGUGACUGUCCAGGUCCUGGACAUGAAUGACCUCCGACCUCUAUUCUCACCCACCACAUACUCAGUCACCAUCGCAGAAAGCACCCCCCUUAGGACUAGCAUAGCACAAGUUACAGCCACUGACGCGGACGUCGGCUCUAACGGGGAAUUUUACUACUUCUUUAAGGAGAAAAUGGAGCUGUUCGCCGUGCACCCAACUAGCGGUGUGGUCUCCCUCAGCGGGAAACUGAACAUUGAGGAGCAGAACCGAUACGACCUAGAAAUCCAGGCGGUGGACCGCGGGAUGAAGUUGUAUGGAAAUAACGGUGUGAGCAGUACGGCCAAGCUCUUUGUGCAUGUAGAGCGUGUCAACGAGCAUCUGCCAGUCAUGAAUGUGGUCACCCAUGUCCCCUCGUGGUUAGACAAGGAUCCUGUGUAUGCAGUGGUCACUGUGGAAGACCUGGACGAGGGGUUAAAUGGAGAGAUUGAGUCCUUGUCUAUAGUGGCCGGAGACCCUAUGGAGCAGUUCACUCUGGAGAGGUCAGAGGGCAAUGAGUUUGCUAUCAAGGCGUCUGACCAAGUUGACUGGGAGAACUUCCCUUAUGGAUAUAACCUCACACUUCAGGCUAAGGAUAAGGGUGCCCCGCAAAAGUUUUCUUCGGUCAGGGUUGUGCACAUCAUGGUGAAGAAACCACAUGCUGUGGAAGUGAAAUUCGAACAGGAGUCGUACGAAAUGAGUCUCAGUGAAAUCUCACCCCCAGGCACGAUCGUAAAGGUGGUGAACAUCACCCCUGAGCUGGACCAUGCGGAAUAUAUUCUGACCCCCUCGGCAGACUCCUCCUACUUCCGGAUGAACACCCUAACGGGCGUGAUCUCAACUACUCGCUGGUUUACGGAGUGCACCAAGGACAUAUUUGACCUGGAAGUGGUGGAGGUGGACAGCGAGCUGAGGGUCAAAGUUUGGGUCUCCAUUGAGGACGCCAACGACAACACCCCAACAUUCACUCAGCUUUCGUAUGAGGUGUUCGUCAAUGAGAGCGUUCCCGUGGGAUGGACCGUGCUGGCGGUGUCCGCUGUGGAUGGUGAUAGCGGGGAGAAUGGAUACAUAACAUACAGCAUAGCCAGCCUUCAGCCCCUGCCCUUCAAAAUCAACCAGUUCUCUGGCAUCCUCACCACCACACAGGAGCUGGACUUUGAGUCCUCGUCUGAGAGCUACGUGUUUGUGGUCAGGGCCUCUGACUGGGGUUCCCCCUACAGACGAGAGAGUGAAGUCAACGUAACUGUCCAUCUGGAGAAUGUGAACGACAACCAACCCUUAUUCGAGAAGGUGGCGUGCCAGGGACUAGUCUCUCGGGACUUCCCCAUCAAUGAGGUAAUCACCACCAUGUCUGCCAUCGAUAUAGACGAGCUGGAGCUGGUGAAGUACAAGAUCCUGGAAGGGAAUGAGAGGGGCUUCUUUGACUUGAAUCCUGACUCAGGGGUCCUAACCCUACGGAGGUCCCUCUCCACUGCCAGUCCAAAAAAUGGAAUCUUCAGUUUGAAAAUAACCGCCACAGAUGGAGAGAACUUCUCCGACCCGAUGUUCGUGAACAUUUCUAUAGUUCAUGGGAAAUCUUUCCCCAAGAGCUUCAACUGUAGGGAGACCAGAGUCGCCCAAAAGUUAGCUGAGAAAUUACUAAAUAAGUCCAAAGCUAGAACCAAGCCCAAGAUCGAGGAAGGAUUCAUUGACCUUUUCUCCGUCAACAGACAGACACCUCAGUUUGAUAAGGCCUUUCCCACAGACAUAUCAGUGCACGAAGACCUAAAGGUCGGGUCCAGUGUCUUCAAGGUUAAUGCCUAUGACGGCGACACAGGUUUUAACGGUCAGAUGUUGUAUGCCAUCUCAGAUGGAAACACAGACAGCUGUUUCACCAUCGACAUGGAGAGUGGGCUGAUCAGCGUCUUCCUGCCCAUGGACAGAGAGAAAAGAGACAGAUACCUCCUCAACAUCACUAUCUACGACCUGGGCCUGCCACAGAAAACCGCUUGGCGUCUGCUCACCGUCUACGUAGAAGAUGCCAAUGACAAUGCACCUCAAUUCCUGCAGGAGGGAGGCUAUAGAACCUUCAUUCCCGAAAACACAGCCAUCGGCACCGAUGUCAUUCAGGUUGAGGCCACUGAUAAAGACCUGGGGCCUAAUGGAGAGAUUGUCUACUCCGUCCUGACCAGCACCACCCAGUUUGGCAUUAACAGCUCCAACGGGAUUGUGUACGUUGCCGGCCAGCUGGACAGGGAGUUCGUCUCCACCUUCAACUUGAAGAUCGAGGCUCGUGACCGUGCAGAGAAAGGGAACCAGAAGUUUUCAGUCACCACUCUGAAGAUCUCUCUAGACGACGUUAACGACUGCCCCCCAGCAUUCAUCCCCAGUGUCUACAACACCCGGGCCCUGGAGGAUCUGCCAGUGGGAACCGUGGUGGCCUGGCUCGAGACCCAGGACCCAGACCUUGGCCUGGGUGGCCAGGUUAGAUACUCCCUGGCCAAUGAUUACAACGGGAAGUUCGAGGUGGACAAGGCCAGUGGGGCCAUCCGUCUGACCAAGGAGCUGGACUACGAGACGCAACAGUUCUACAACCUCACAGUGAGAGCCAAGGAUAAAGGGAGACCUGUCUCUCUCCUGUCUGUCACCUUCGUGGAACUAGAUGUGGUAGAUGUUAACGAGAACCUCUACACUCCCUACUUCUCCCACUUCGCCCUUACGGGAUCGGUGAAGGAGAGCGCCCGCAUCGGGACCACCGUCCUCCAAGUCACGGCCCGGGAUGACGAUGAUGGUAGAGAUGGGGAAAUCCAGUACUCUAUCCGGGACGGGAGUGGACUGGGACGAUUCGCCAUCGACGAAGAGACGGGUAAGUGCAGAUUGCCUUAA